GAAACUGAAGUUCCAGAGAGAUUGCUGAUGAAGUCCUUCCUUGUUGGCAUCCCGACUUUUGUGAGCUAUGAGUGGAAUUAUCGCCGACCCCACUGAUUCUUGCACCCCGGCGCAAGAAAUACCGGCAGACCUCUCGGGACAAAUGCUAGAACUUGAUGAGGACGAUGACUUGGAAGUUUUCAGCAAGGAUACAACGCUGACUGAUGGCAGCUUCUUCAACGCCUCAAUGCCCACCUCUCCAGCCUCUAUGAUCAAUCAAUACAAGUUUGAAGAGGAGGCAGAUGACAAAGACAUUUUCAUCACAGUAGAUAAUCCCGAGAGCCACGUGACGGCCAUAGAGACAUUCAUCACGUAUAGGGUGUUAACAAAGACCACACGCAGCGAGUUUGAUUCUUGUGAGUAUGAGGUCCGCAGACGCUAUCAGGAUUUCCUGUGGCUUAAAGGCAGAUUGGAGGAGGCCCACCCCACACUCAUCGUUCAUCCUCUGCCGGAGAAGUUUGUGGUGAAGGGGAUGGUCGAGCGCUUCAACGACGACUUCAUCGAGACGCGCAGGAAGGCCCUCCACAAGUUCCUCAACCGCGUCGCCGACCACCCCAUCCUGUCCUGCAGCGAGGACUUCAAGGUUUUCCUCACCGCACAAGCCUGGGAGCUCACCUCGCACAAGAAGCAGGGUCCUGGCUUCCUGAGCAGGAUGGGGGAAACGGUCAGGGCCGUGGCUGCCACCGUCAGAGGAGUGAAGAACCGCCCCGAGGAGUUCACCGCCAUCCAGGAGUACGUCGACACUUUCAGCCAAAAGAUCACCUCGCUGGACAAGGUCACCCAGAGGAUCCUCAAAGAGCAAAAGGAGUAUCUGGACGAGCUGAAGGAGUAUGGCCCCGUCUACACGCUAUGGUCUGGGUCAGAGGAGGAGCUGGUGGAGCCCCUCAAGGGCGUGGCCAGCUGUAUUGAACGGUGCUGCCGGGAGAAGGAGGAGCAGAUCAGUCACCUGUCCGAAACCCUGGUACCCUCCCUGCACGAGUACGUCCUGUGCGCUGAGACCCUGAAGUCAGUACUAAGAAGAAGAGACAAUAUUCAAGCAGAUUAUGAGGCUAAAAACGACAUGCUAGCCAACAAGAAGACAGAUCGAGAAGUGGAGUAUAAGGAUCUAGGGUUUGUAUUUGGGAGCUUCCUUGGCAAAAACCCAGAAGAGGCCAAGCAACAGAGGCAGCAGAGACUUGAUGGGGAGAUUGAAGAGCUGAAGGAAGAGAUUGAUAAGCUGGAAGACAAAGUGGAGUGUGCCAACAAUGCUCUGAAAGUGGACUGGGCGAGAUGGCAGAAGAACAUGAGCGGGGAUAUCAGGGGAGCCUUCCUGAGCACCGCAGAGAAGAACAUCGACUAUUACGAGAAGUGCCUGGCAGUGUGGGAGUCCUUUCUCUUGUCUCAGAGAAGUGAGCACAGUGUGGAGGGCACCAGGGAGCAGCAAACAGCCAAAGACGCAUGUCCCCAGGACACCUAAGGGCAUUUCCCCACCAACGCCCCCUCCCAGACUCACUUUUUUGCAUUGUAAUAUCUCAGCCAAUAUUGCGUUUGCCAAGAAUUCUGUGUAUGUCUCUCUCUGCCUCAGGGUAUUGGGCUGCCACACUACAUUGGAUCAAGGUGCGGUUUAUUUCAGAGAAUGGGCCUUGGAACGAUUAUAUACUGUAGGAUCCACGGCUGCUUUCAGCAUAGCAUAAUGAAAUGUCUUUUUGUUGUCUGCUUUACAGUGCCUGACAAUGGGAUGUUGGCAAUAUGGAAUAUUAAUACAAUGCAAUCUGUUUUUAGGAGAUAUACCUUUUUAACUUCUGAUAGCAUCAUCCAUUACAUAGAAUUUUUAGAAUAUAGCUAAGUUUGUUAUCCUCUGAAAUCUUUGUCCAAACUAAGAUACACAUUUCACUGUUUUUUCAACAAUGACUGGCUUUCUUUACCACCAGAUGGACUGGUCAGCAUUUUAAGCCCUUUGACAUUUUGAUUAUCUAACAUCUUGAAAUGUCAAAACUGUUGAAACUUCCUGAUUUCUCCUUGCCUGUUGCUAUUCCAUACAAAACUGUCAACAACAAUUAUCUUGAAGGAAUUAGAGUCCACUUGCUCUGAAUGAUUCUUAGAGUAUGUGCAAGUAUAUAUUUACAUUAUGUGCAAGUAUCAAAAAGAACAACCACGAACCUCAUACAUAUGUGACCUUGUUUAUUGUCCUUCUCUGCAAAAUAGCUUUUUUCAGGAAACUGGACCUGUGGCCUGGUAGUUGUCGGUUUGAAUUGUGGGGUAUUGUGGUACCCUUGAGCAGAGUAGUUCUUGAGUAAACAGCCAGCUGUGUAAAGGAAAGGAAUAUAAAUAAAGUAUAAGCAGGCGUUGCCUAGGACUAAGAUGGCUGUUAACCAAAUAGGCAAUAUAAUCUGCCUCCAACCUAAUUUUUAAAAAUGAAUUCCACAUGAAAAGUCAUUCACAUUUUUUGAGCUAUCUAGGUGUCCACACUGUGGUAUUUAAACAGUAUGUGGGUUUAUUAGAUGCAAGUGAUCAUUUAUAAUGAAGCGUGACCAAACUCUAAAUCUUGUUUUUAGAUGUUGACUCCAGAGAAGUUAAUAUGAUAUGAAGUGUUCUGAGGACAGGUUAUAAACAGAAAUCUAUAACAUUACCGGUCUGCUGUACUUGCUGCAGUUUCUGACUAUCUAGACGGAGUGUGUGGUAUAAUCAGCUGUUUUAGUUUCCACUGGACUGGGGUGGCAAAUUUGUUUUUCAUCAAGUUACGUAUGUUGGUAGGGUAUACCGUAUACCUAUAUUGAAAAGAUAAUGCCAAUGAUUUAUUGUUAGAGGACUGGUUACAGCAUUUUUCAGAAUUUAGUUGUUACACAAUACAAAAAUUCAGUUUGAAGCCUUACGUUUUGCUAUAGUGAAGACAUUGUAAACAACUGAAAUAUCUCAGAGUGCUGUUUUUGUAAAUUCAUUCUACUGGGGUUUCAU